UUCGCAGCAUCACCCUUUACACUGCACAGUCAUAUUUGGUCCUCCGGAAAUAUCCACAGCUUGGGUAAGCCAGUCCCUAUGCAGCGAGAGUAUGGGUGGAGUAUAGUUUAAAAUACAGUUUUUAAAUGUAUCGAAAGCGUGUCCGGUGCGUGUUACGCCGGCUCUGACAGCACGGCUGGAAUAAAUGACAGCUCACCGGGAAAGUUUGUCCUAAAGCUGCGCUCGCGGUAUCUCGGACCCUCGGCUCUAAAAUGGCUGGCUGUGGGUCCGAGGAAGCUCCGGUGCAAGGGGAAGGAUCCGCUCCACGCCACGACUGUGUGUAAAUAUACAUGGGGGUUUUUUUUUCUACUCCGACGCGCGCGUUUGCGACGGCGUUGUCCCAGGUCCGAGAGCCGUCAGGGCGCACACGCGGAAUAAUAAUAACGUUGGCAUUUCGGACCUAGGACUGUGCGUAAUGGCGUCCUCCGCGGAUAGUUCUUCUCGGUUUAUAAGCAGAAAGGGGUUAGAACAGGCUGGUUCUUGCGAGCCUAACCGCGUAUGACUAAUGUUCUGAUGCGAAUUUUAUAAUGGAAGGUUUCAUCAUGUAUGAUGAAUGUGGACGGAAGAAGUGUAAGCCGGGAAAUGAAAUUUCACUCGCAUCAUUCGGACCCUUCUGUACUCCGGUGCGUUUUUUUUUUCAUUAUCGGUGAUCCGCCGAUUAGGAAUUGUGAGCUAAGAUUUGGGAUCAUGUAAAGUGACAGCACGUUUGCUGUUGAGGAAGAGGGUCAUACGAGUCGUUCAUCGUUUCGGCCCGAGGAUUUAGGCCAGCCAACUAAGGAUAUUUAUUUAAUAAUCUUCCUCUCCUGAAAUAUAACUAGGUAUGCCCCAAAAUGGAUUCUCAGUUGGCUUCAGUCCUGACCAGUGGCAGCCUGGAUGUCCAAAAUGGCAGCCAGUGUGGAGAGGGAUCAGGGCCAGUGACAGAGACUUUAUUGGACCCAAAGGACGAAACUGCACGCAGUACUGUACCAGGUAACCUCCAGCCAUGCCCUGUCACGGCAGCAGUGACCAUCAGACAAGAUGCUCUAUCAAUCAAUGGGAAAAAGCCAGAGGUGGGCGGGACUUUUGAGCCAGCCUCUCAGGAAACAACUAAGAUUGGUGGGCUCAGACAGCCAAUUACAGUAAAGUCUGGAGUGCCUGUUUUGCACAGCCAGCCAAUAAGAAUCAAAAUUGUUGUCCCUCCACGGUGCAAGAGGCCAAUCACAAACUCUGCUAUCAGCCUGACCAAAGACUUUGCUCUCUCAGAAUUUCAGGGACCCGUGUUGGUCUCUGCUGAAUCAAUGAAGAAACGUGAAAUCUGUGUGCCAGCUGUUAAAAAUGAAGGAGAAAUCAUGGAAGUUACUUACCAGAAGACUAAAGAAGAAGCCGAAUCAUUCCCUGAGACAGAAGCAGAGAGACGGGAUAAAGUGUGUAAAGACAGAGACGUUUUGGAUGUUAAAAUUGUCCACAUUGAUGGGUCGGAAACUCCUCUUCCUGCUAAUACAGUUAGGUUUUUAAGUCAGCCGAGGAUUAAAGAGGAAACUAAAGAGAGGGAAAUUCAGAAAAAUGUUCCUCUAAUUUUGCGAGAAAUGGACUUGAAGUGUUGCAAAACAUUCAAUGAGGUUGAAACGGAGGAGCAGACAGAACCGCUGGACCUGAGUUUGCCCAAGAAAAGGGAAAGCCGAGAGAGGAGAUACGGACGUUUCUUGGAUGACUCGGGCUGUGAGAGCUCUUUGAUCAUGGAGGUGGAUGAAUAUGAGGGAGAAGGAGACAGAGACAUAGUAGAAGAGGACGAUGAGGGAGGCGGCACAGAUACUUUUGAAGAUGCUCUUCUGUCUCCCUCUUUCUUUUCUACCUCUGUUUUGACCUCUCUCUCUUCGAUAGACUGUGACACUGAAAACCUUCUUCUCAUCGAUGACCAGGGAAUUCCGUAUACGCUCAAUCCGGAUGGACUCAAAGUGCCACAAGUCAAUGCUUCCAGGUCGGAGGAUUCUCAGUCUGAUCAUGCUAAUUCAGAAGAAGCAGAAGGAAAGGAGUCAUCGCUUUUGGCACCGUUAGCAGGUGCCAGCCAAAGUACAGAUAAUGCACUAAAUGCACCUUCUGAUGAUUUUUACCCCUCGCCACCCCCUAUCAGUGAUUCUUCAUCACUAGGUGAUGAUCAGGCUAAAGCUCCAGAAGUCUUCACAAGUUUGAUUACAAACUCGAAUCCUUCAGUGGCUGCAGAGCCGAGCGGUAAAGCUGUUCAGGAUGCCAGCUCUGUUUUGUCCCCUUCCUCUGGGAUAUCAGUCUCCACCCAACCCAUUCAACUUGUCGCAAAUCCUGCAGGCAAUGCUCCUGUUCUCCUCCUGUCCUCCUCCUCUUCUCACCUCUCCUCGGCUCCACUCGGUCUCUCUCUUCCCCUUUCAGUUACUCAGACUUCACAUGGUGCUUCCACUCCCAUGUUUCUUCUCCUUUCCUCUGUACCUUCUUCCUCUGGUGAGUCCACCGCUACCUCCACCCCUAUUGCUGUCCUCGACUCCUCGACCGGCCAGCUCUCCCAGAUUACUGCCGCAGCUCCGGUGUCCCUUCCUCUGUCCUCUGGUCAGGUCAGCACAUUGGGAUCGCCUCUUCCUACACUGUCUCACCCUGUCAUCAGACUCAGCCCCAAUAACCCCCCUGUCAUCCUGUCUGGCAUGAAUAACGUAAAUUCUGGCUCCGUUCUCACAUCUCUCACUGUCCCUUCAUCCACUAUUGCCCUGCAGGAUGACCACAGCUCAGUUCCUCUCAUUCAAACUCAGAUCAGUUACUCUGAAUCAAACCCUGGAAAUGAAGCCAUAUCUGCUCAAGAGGUCUCAAAUGAAAACAACAAGCCAUCAAAUUUUACAGCAUCGUCUCCGAGACCGCCGUCUGCUAGUUUGACCUAUGACUCUUUAUCUCAGCCCACCUCAGAAUUAGACGCCCAAUCACCUGACUCCAAAUCAGACCUUCACUCUGAACAUUUACCUCUGGAUGACCAUCUUUAUUUCUCUAACACGGCUGCUCCUACCUCCCCUUCUAUCGGACCUAUCCUGCCCCCUGGUAAACUUGACCCGCUAGAUCCACUCUCUCCAGAUCCGUCAUCCAACACCGCGGGCUCCCGAAGGGUGCUGUACUGCCAGCUGUGCCCGAGGGUCUUCUUUUACCUCUCCGACCUUGAGCGCCAUGCCAUCACCCAUUCGCAGAAGAAGCCUCAUGUUUGCCAGCAAUGCGGGAAAGCCUUCAAACGCUCCAGCCAUCUGCAGAGACACAAGCACAUCCACACAGGCCAGAGGAACUUUGUGUGCCCCAUCUGUGCCAAGCGCUUCAGGGAGGCAGGUGAGCUCCAGCGCCAUCAAAGGGUGCACACCGGAGAGAAGCCCUACCAAUGCCAGCUUUGCCACACGCGCUUUGCCGAGCGCAACACCCUCCGGCGGCACACCAAACGCAAGCACCCCUACCACCAAGUAGCCAUGGAAAUGCUUAACGAGAGAAGAGACAGAGGAGGCAGCCGAGGAGACGGAGGAGGCGGUGGUGCGUCAGGAGUCCAGGAGGAAGAGGAGAGCGCUGAAUGGUACAGCUCCACUGUGUCUAAUUUGGAUAACUCAGAGUCUGAGAUGGAAACGUAACACUUUAAAGUAAAGGGAGUUAGGGGAGAAGUGCUGUUGAUCAUAUCUAACUACAGUUAGACUCUGAUCUUUUCUUUUUAUUGACUAAGAAUCAAAGAAGGGAGCACUUUCAUAUUUAUUGUUUUUAAUGUUAAUUUAUUUAUAUGAAUGUAUAUUACUCCCAUUCCAUUUUAAGGGCCAAAACGCAGCCUUCAAAGUCAGAUGUGAUUUUGAAUUAAGGGAAAACUCAUUCUUGAAGUCAUGUUUUCUUUAUGUGUGUGUGUGUGUGUGAAUUCAUAACAUUAAUUAAAACGCUAACAAGCCCUCAUGAAGUUGCGUUCCCAUGCAAUCCACGAUGAAACCCUAAAGUGCUCGAAAAAGAAAGAUAGCUUAUGAACUCUAAACAAUCCUCUGCUCUAGUCGUGUGUAUAAAGAGUACUACUUGUAAGAGCUGCACUUCUGCACUAUCUCAUAUGAAAGAUAUAAUCUUUCCUACCGUCAGACACACUGUGAGUAAUUUGCACUCGUUUUCUUUGAACUCAAAGUUAUUUUUUUUACAUUGUGUAUGAAAACGCUUAAUUUUAAUUUCGUUGCCGCUGUUGAUCUUCUGUAUUUAAUCCACAUCCUGUAAGAGUUUGACCAAAUGUUUUUUGAGUUAUUCUAAUAUAAACUCUAUAUUCAGAUUUUUUUUUUGUUUAAAUUUUGAAU